GGGUUUGUGUUAUUUUAUUGGAAGGGAAGACUUAUUGUGGUAUUGCCUUGGCUUUUGGGAUUCCCACUACUGUGGUUGUUAGGUGCUUGUUUUGUGUUGUGUUGUGUGUGUCGCUGUGUCCUGCUAUGUACCAUCUUGAUUUCAUUGGUAACAGUAAAAGGAAAAGGUUCUUUCUUGUGGAAAUUAGAAAAGGGUCCUUUGCUUUAGGACAGUGAGGUGAGAGAGAAAAGUAUGUGCUGAUGAUGUCUUUUGAUUGGUCUCUGGAAUCUUAUGCAAACCCAUCCUUUCCUUUUGCUUGCUUGCUUGGGAGAUAGAGGAAAGAAUAGGUAAAAGUAUGUGUGUUGUUGAUCAUUGUGUUUUCCCAAAAUUCCUGUUCCAACUGAGUCAACUUUUUCAAUUGCUUUUCUCAUCUGCAACAAUCAGCUCGAUUAAGCAUCCUAUUCCCUACUUGAUUGUCUCUUUAUAUUUAAAUUUUGAUUAUUUGUUAACUGAGUCCUAAGUGUAAUUGAGAUGGACGGUGAUAUAUUUGGAGAAUUAGGCAAUUCAACUCAAGUAGAUAGCAGGCUUCUACAGGUAUUUCAAAAGAGCUUAUUGCAAGCUCAAGAUAUUUUGAAUCAGAAUCGGUUGCUGAUCAAUGAGAUAAACCAAAACCAUGAGUCCAAGAUGCCUGAUAAUCUGAGUAGAAAUGUGGGUUUGAUUAGAGAGCUCAAUAGCAAUAUCAGAAGGGUGGUUGAUCUCUAUGCUGAUCUCUCUAAUUCCUUUACCAAGUCCAGAGAAGCUUCUUCUGAAGGUGACUCCUCUGGGACUCUGAAGUCUGAUGGAAAAGUCAACCAGAAGAGAAUUAGAUCCAGCUGAUUUAUUGAAUUUGAGCUUUCGGGCACGCAAUCAAGAAGUUUAUUCUGAAUCUGGAAGGAAUUUGUUUGGUGAGACUGUGUAACUUCCUCCAAAGUUAUUUUUGUGCCAAGUCUUCCAUAUUGGUGUUUAUGUUUAGAGGGCCAGAGAUUUAGUUAAUCAUCUGAUCUAUAAAAGUAGCUUCAAUUUGAGGACUAUACAAUUGUGAUUUUGUGUAACUAUGUUUAAAUUCAUGAAAUGGAGCAUGUUCACGGACCAUUUAGUCAAGUUUUCAAGCUUGACCUUCUUAGAUCCAAUUGAUGUUUGGUGGUUAAGUUCUAGAUAGUUAUUCAUUUGUUCUGCUUGUUUGAUCA